CGUGCACCUAAAUCACGCUGAAUAAGGGACUUGCAGAACCAGACCUUUGGUAGGGGAAGGGCAGAAGAGGUGAGGGGGAAUGAAUGGACUGCCUGAGAGAGAGAGACUUCUGUCUUUAAGGAAGGCCCCACCCCAUCAGGAUCCAGGGAGCAGAUGGAGUGGGCCCGUGGCCAGUAGCCGAAGAGGCAGCAGCUGCGAGGCCAGGGAGACCCCAGGACCCCAGCAGCUGCCGCCGGUGGGAAAGACGACCCGGAUCCCAAGCAAGAUGGCGUUUAAUGAUUGCUUUAGUUUGAGCUAUCCUGGUAACCCCCAGCCGGGGGACUUGAUUGAAGUGUUUCGUUCUGGCUAUCAGCACUGGGCACUGUACCUGGGUGAUGGUUAUGUUAUCAACAUAGCACCUCUAGAGGAUGGCAUUCCUGCAGCAUUUACAAGCGCCAAGUCUAUAUUUAGCAGGAAGGCCCUGGUGAAGAUGCAGCCCCUGAAGGAUGUCGUGGGAAACGACACAUACAGAAUAAACAAUAAAUAUGAUGAAACUUAUCCUCCUCUCCCCAUGGAGGAAGUCAUGCAGCGGUCAGAGAUUGUUAUUGGACAGGAGGUGGAUUAUGACAUACUUGUCAACAACUGUGAGCAUUUUGUGACUUUGCUUCGCUAUGGAGAAGGAGUUUCAGAGCAGGCCAACCAAGCAAUAAGUACCAUUGGGUUUGUGACAGCUGCUGCUGGUGUCUUCUCACUCCUGGGCUUGUUUCCAAAAAGACAAAGAGCAAAAUACUAUUAACAAUUUACUGAAGAGAUAUUGGAACUGAAGGAAUUUGUGAGGAGGGAAAAAAAAACUGGGAAUACUUAUUUUCGAUGCAUCAUUAUUGUUCAAAAUUCCAGUGAUGGAUGGCAGUCUCUUUAAUAAAUUGCUUACUGAUGUUA